CUUGCGCCUUUACCUUACAGACCCCACGAGGCCACCACUGAUUCUGAAUGGGGAAUGCUCUCUCUUUCUGCCACACUGCACUUAUUUUCCCAUAUUCAAAGGCUACUCCAUUCAUCUUCAUUGUCCUACAAAAACCCUAGUCUAAUUUGACAUUUGAAAGUUGCGAGCUAUGUCCAAAGAUGCUUCUUCUUCAUCUGUCAGAUCCGCUGCUGCUCGAACCCAGUUCGAAUCAAAUGAGAACGACUUUGACAAUACCGAAUUUCCCUUCCUUACUCCUACUCGAACGCCUCUUAAUUCCAUCACCGACCCAUCUCAAUGUCUGGCCCUAGCUCAAGACCUCCAUCCCACUAAAUCUGAAACAACCCGAGCUGUUCGAGAUGGAAAUGGAGUUAGAGGAAAAGCUCAUUCUGAACCCAAUUCAGCUCAAACUACUCCAGUUAGGAGAAUUUGUAAUGUGUUUACACCCUCCGGGGCUAGGCAUGCUCUCCAUACUGGAGGUAAAGGGACUACUUCAUUAUCUUCUAGAAAUUCAAAAGGAACUCUUUUCAUCAACUCUGAGCCUUCUGUCCACUUUGAGCUGUCGGAGGAUCCUUCUUUCUGGAAUGAUCACAAUGUGCAGGUAUUGAUUCGUGUUAGACCAUUAAAUAACACGGAGAAAGUAUUACAUGGAUAUGGUAGAUGCUUAAGGCAAGAGACUGCACAGACACUGGUUUGGCUUGGUCAUCCUGAAACCAGAUUCACCUUUGAUCAUGUUGCAUGUGAAACUAUAUCGCAGGAAAAGCUUUUCAAAGCUGCAGGGUUGCCCAUGGUGGAUAACUGCAUGUCCGGUUAUAAUAGCUGCAUGUUUGCAUAUGGCCAGACUGGAAGUGGAAAGACUUACACAAUGAUGGGUGACAUAGGCGAAAUCGGUGGAAAGCUAAGCGAACAAUGUGGGAUCACUCCUCGUAUAUUCGAGUACUUGUUUACUCGAAUUAGACAGGAAGAGGACGAUCGAAAGAAUGAGAGAUUGAAGUAUAGUUGCAAGUGUUCUUUCUUAGAGAUAUAUAAUGAGCAGAUAACGGACCUCCUUGAGCCUUCAUCGACUAAUUUGCUGCUCAGAGAAGACUUGAAGAAAGGUGUAUACGUUGAAAACCUCACUGAAGUUAGCGUUAGUUCUGUUGAUGACAUUCUCAGAAUUUUGUUACAGGGGGCCGCAAAUAGAAAAAUGGCAGCUACUCAUAUGAAUGCUGAGAGCAGUCGAUCUCACAGUGUUUUCACAUGCAACAUAGAGAGUUGCUGGGAGAAAGACUCUAUGAAGCACUUCAGAUUUGGAAGGUUAAAUUUAGUUGAUCUAGCUGGUUCUGAAAGGCAGAAAAGCUGUGGCGCAGAAGGAGACCGUUUGAAAGAAGCUGCAAAUAUAAACAAGUCUUUAUCAACUCUUGGACUCGUCAUCAUGUCCUUGGUGGAUUUGGCACACGGCAAACAUAGACACGUUCCAUACAGGGACUCUAGGCUAACUUUUCUCCUUCAGGAUUCUCUGGGUGGGAACUCGAAAACAGCAGUAAUCGCCACCGUCAGCCCAUCUAUUUGUUCUGCCAGUGAGACACUAAGCACUCUAAAGUUUGCUCAGCGUGCAAAACUUAUUCAGAACAAUGCUAAAAUAAAUGAAGAUGCUUCAGGUGAUGUUUCAGCAUUGCAGCAGCAAAUCCAACAACUAAAGGGUCAGUUGUCCUUUCUACUGAAGCAUCAGGGAACGGAGAAUUAUUUUCCAGAAAGUGUCCCAUGUUUAGAUCAAUUCAGCUUGUGCGAGUUUCCUGAGAGCUUUGACCUGUCUGAGGAAUUGAAUCUGCACACUGAUUGUGGUCCACAACAUGGAAGAAGUGACUCAUUACAUUAUCUAAAAUCAACUUUGCUCAAUGCCGUGAGGAGAGAAAAAUUGGCUGCGACGGAAGUUUGGAGAUUAGAGGCUGAAAUUGAAGCGAUGAAACAUUUGGUUCAUCAGCAAGAAGAAGAGGUUCAACUUAGUAAAGACAUAAUGAAACUUAGAGAAGAAAAAAUUGACCGAUUGGAAUCACUUGGAAAUGGAAUAAUCUCCGCAGACUGCUUUAUCCUGGAAGAAAAUAAUGCUUUAAAAGACGAGAUUCGGCUGCUUUGGGCUAGAACUGAACAAAAUCCAGAAUCGACUCGACUUGCACAUGAGAACAUUAGCCUCCUUAAGCAGCUCAGAUGGUUUAAAAACUUCUAUGGGAACAUGAAGACUGGAACACUGGUUGCUGAAAUGCCAGAGUUAUGUGAACAGGAAAGAAUCGCUGCAGGAGAGUUAAAAGAAUGCAGAGAAAUGAAUUCAAAACUAAUCAGGAUCGCUAAGCGGCCCCCCCGUCCUGGCAGAGCAGUGGUGGUGAGAUGCUUCCCUGAGCCAGAAUACAGCCAGAGUCACCGUGCCUCAGUUUUCCGGCGACUUUUCACGACUGUCUUGCGUUAUCUCUCUUUCCGUCAAACCAUGGAAGAUCUUAAUCAGUUGUUGCCUGAGAGUGCCAGUGGCCCCAAUGAAAAAGAAAAGUAUCUUUUUCGUUUUUGGGGUCUAGAAAUCAGUACACAAUUUUCAUCCCAGUUCACAAACCCUAGCACUAGUUUAGCCGAUCGCCGAGCAGUUUCCCAGUUCACCUUGCCGGAGCACACAGGUUCGGGAGNGAAAGGGGGUAAGAAAGCCUUUAGGCUGAGAGUUGGGUCUUGGAACAUUGGGACGUUGGCGGGGAAGUCUAUAGAGUUAGUUAAGAUUCUUCAGAAGAGGAAGAUCAACAUAGCGUGUGUUCAAAAGACUAGAUGGAAGGGUACUAGGGCACGGGAUAUAGACGGAUUUAAACUAUGGUACUCAGGAAGCUCUGGGGGUAAGAAUGGGGUAGGUAUUUUAGUAGACAGGGACCUCAGGGAGCUCGUGGCCGAGGCUCGGAGGGUAAAUGAUAGGUUGAUGAGUAUUAAACUUGUAGUUGGUGGGUUUACUGUAAACAUGAUUAGUGCAUACGCUCCUCAGUAUCCGCACACAGAGAAGCUGUUCAUUGGCGGAGAUUUCAAUGGCCAUAUUGGGGCUAGUGCUAGGGGUUAUGAUGAUGUGCAUGGCGGGUUCGGUUUUGGAUAUAGGAAUGAGGGAGGUAAUUCACUGUUGGAUUUUGCUAGGGCUUUUGAUUUGGUUAUAGCUAACUCGAGUUUUCCGAAGAGGGAAGAGCACCUGGUCACUUUCCGGAAUUCAAUGGACAAGACUCAGAUUGAUUAUCCUCUCUGCAGGAAAUGCGGUAAAGGUCUGUGCAUUGAUUGCAAGGUCAUCCCAAGUGAGCACCUCACGACCCUACAUAGACUCCUAAUUAUGGGCCUGGAGAUCAAGAGGAGUAGGAGGAAGAGGGCGUUUUGCAUGCAACCUAAGAUCAAGUGGGGUAACUUGACCAAAGACAAAGCCCAGGAGUUAGGGGAGACGUUGUUGGCUAUGAGGGCUUGGAUGAGUAGGGGGGACGCAUCUAGUAUGUGGGUCACGACUGCGAAUUGCAUUAGGGUAGCUGCUAGAGAGGUCUUAGGGGUCAUGAAGGGCUCUCCCGGGGGUCAUAGAGGGGACUGGUGGUGGAAUGGAGAGGUACAAGGUAAAGUGAAAACUAAGAAAACUGCUUAUUUGAAGCUAGCAGAGAGUACAAACGAGGAGGAAAAAAGAAUUUAUCGGGAGUGUUACAAAAAGGCAAAGAAAGAGGCAAAGUUAGCAGUUACAACGGCUAAAAAUGUGGCGUUUGCUCGUUUGUACGAGGAGCUCGGGGGCAAAGGCGGGGUCAAGAAUUUGUACCGGUUGGCCAAGGUGAGGGAGAUGAAGGCCCAUGACUUAGACCAAGUCAAGUGCAUCAAGGACGAGGAUGGCAAAAUAUUGAUGGACGAGGCACUUAUUAGGAGAAGAUGA